AUGAUCAAAUUAAUCUACUUACAUUACAGGAGCACACCAAACAGAAAGUAUUUCCUCCUGCUGAACUCACCAGUUAUAGCUGGCCAGAUGCAAAACUAUUUACAAGCUAUAGAAACAGUUUUGAAGAGUACGAAGCAGCCCAUUUUCAGCCAAUGGGCCAUCGUAAAUUAUAAUCCUACCCUCACAGAAGUCAAAUGCUUGGAAGUAGAGAUAAGUCGAGCUUUAGCCAACGCAGAACGACCUGCUUUCUUUGAAAGCUUGGAGAGUCUUGUGUCUCAGCUUCGAAAAGAAAGGACUUACUGCAAGGGACAUGGAUAUACAAAGACAGCAACAUCGAUGCCGGAUUUGCUAGCACUCGCAAGAGGCGUUGUUGUCCAAGUGUCGGUACGUAGUCAAAAACAAAAAACAACUAAUGACAAUGCCGAAUAG